AUGGCUGAAAAUCCACUGCAGCAUCUUCUCCAAGCGUUUGGCAAAGUCUCAGUGUGUGUUCAAACCCAUCUUUCACAGUUCAUUCUCCGCUCCCAUCGACCUUCACUUUCGCUCAACCAAAAUGACCACUCUUCACUAUAUAUCUCCCCAAACUCGACCGCGGAUUCUCAUCUUCUCCAGUCUGCUGAAAUUUUCAAAAAGGGCAAAUCUUCUGGUCGAAUGACUAAAGAAGAACUUGGAAGGCUCCUGGACUUUUCGUCACACUCUUGCUGCUCAGUAUCCGGACAAGCCAACCAGGCAGCAAAAGAAGGAUGCAAAAGAGCUGCUUGGGAAAGCUAG